ACGGGACGUAGGCGGCGCCGGUAGCGGUUACUAGGCGGCGCGCGGCUGACCAUGGCCCCGGCCGGGCGUCCCCGGCCUGUCCGCGCGGGGUCCUCGGGCAGCGGCGCGGCGCGGGCCGACUUCCGGGAAGGAACUGACAUGCGACUGAGCGGCGGCCGGCGCGCUUAGCGCCGCGAACAUGCGGCAGUCCCUGCGGACGGCGGGCGGCGGCGAGGCGGCGGCGGCGGCCCGGGCGGGAAGGGGGCGGCGGCGCCGGCGGAGGGGGCGGCCGGGACGGCCGGCGCCCGGCGGGGAGCCCUAGGGAGUUGCUCGGCGCGGCCUGGUGCCUCGUCCCCAGGAUGCUGUCCCGAAAGAAGACGAAGAAUGAAGUGUCCAAGCCGGCCGAGGUGCAGGGCAAGUACGUCAAGAAGGAGACGUCGCCUCUGCUGCGGAAUCUCAUGCCUUCAUUCAUCCGGCACGGUCCAACAAUUCCAAGACGAACUGAUAUUUGUCUUCCAGAUUCAAACCCUAAUGCCUUUUCAGCUUCUGGAGAGGGAAUAGGUUCAAGAAACCAGAGUUUCCUUAGGACUCCAAUUCAAAGAACACCUCAUGAAAUAAUGAGAAGAGAAAGCAACAGAUUAUCUGCACCUUCUUAUCUUGCCAGGAGUCUAACAGAUGUCCCUCGGGAAUAUGGCUCUUCCCAGUCAUUUUUAUCAGAAGUUAAUUUUGCUGUUGAAAAUGGAGACUCUGGUUCCCGAUAUUAUUAUUCAGAUAAUUAUUUUGACGGUCAGAGAAGACGUCCACUUGGAGAUCGUGCUCAUGAAGACUAUAGAUAUUUUGAAUACAAUCACGAUCUUUUCCAAAGAAUACCACAAAAUCAGGGGAGGCAAGCCUCAGGUAUUGGAAGAAUUGCUGCUACAUCUUUAGGAAAUUUAACUAGUCAUGGCUCUGAAGAUUUACCCCUUCCUCCUGGUUGGUCUGUGGACUGGACAAUGAGAGGAAGAAAAUAUUAUAUAGAUCAUAACACAAAUACAACUCAUUGGAGCCAUCCUCUUGAGCGAGAAGGACUUCCUCCAGGAUGGGAGCGAGUUGAAUCAUCAGAAUUUGGAACCUAUUAUGUAGAUCACACAAAUAAGAAGGCUCAAUAUAGGCAUCCCUGUGCUCCUAGUGUACCUCGAUAUGAUCAACCUCCUCCUGUCACAUACCAGCCACAGCAAGCCGAAAGAAAUCAGUCCCUUCUGGUACCUGCAAAUCCCUAUCAUACUGCAGAAAUUCCUGACUGGCUUCAGGUUUAUGCUCGAGCCCCUGUGAAAUAUGACCACAUUCUGAAAUGGGAGCUCUUCCAGCUGGCUGACCUGGACACAUACCAGGGAAUGCUAAAGUUGCUUUUCAUGAAAGAACUGGAACAGAUUGUUAAAAUGUAUGAAGCCUACAGACAGGCUCUUCUCACAGAGUUGGAAAACCGCAAGCAGAGACAACAGUGGUAUGCCCAGCAACAUGGCAAGAAUUUUUAAGUUAAUUUUUAAAAUUUGUUUUAUAAGGGCUUUAAUAUUUUCACAGAUUAAAAAAAAAAACUGCAAACAAGUACUUUGGUUAAUAAAGGCAGCUUACUUUUUAGAAAUUAUAAAAUGCUAAUUUUACAUGUAUUUUGUUAUUAAAAAUAAUCUUUUAUUGAGCAAAAAAAAUGAGGUUAUCAUUCCAAAGCCAUCAUGGCAAACACUUCCAAGUGAUGUAUAUUAGGAAACUGCUUAGAAUAUGCAGCAAGAAAUACUAUUAUAUACAGAUAUGAAAUAGAAAAUAAUCACUUGGUAAAUUUUUAAAGUAGUAGUUCCUUUCUUUAAAAAAGAGAAAGAAAACCUAUGCAGUAUUAUUUUAAAAGAUAUUUGCUGCUCUGGUGUGAAAAAUUAUCUGAAAUCAGUUGGUUUAAACAUUACCAUUAUGUUGUUCAAAACAUACAAUGGAUUUGGGACCUUUACUGUGAUAAAUGUUUGUAUAUAAUGUAUGGCAUUCUCCUGCCACCGGAAUGUAAAAAACACUUUUAAAAUGUAUUGUGAAAAUAUUUUUGGUGUGAAAGGGUAAAAGGCCUGUAAUAGUUCAGGAAUAAUUAAGGCUUAAGGCUUUAACUAACCCUGUGGGAAAAGUAUGUGCAACACUCAAAGUUGUGAAUAUCACUUCCUUACUUUCAGCCAGGGCUCUUAUGCAUGGCUCUGAUGAGACCAUGGAGGGUUCCCAACAGGAUAGCAUACCGCCAUUUUAAUAGUUUGGCUUGAACUGACAAAAUUGACAAUAAGGGAUUCAUUAAGAAAAUUCAGUCAUUAAAUUGAUUGUUAUGUAUCUUUUAGCAUCACAGAACUUUAAAACUUUCAAUUCCAUUUUUUUCCUUUAGUUUAACAGUUAAACAGUGUUCAUAAUUACUGGAGUACAUUUGAUUGCAGAAAAGUUGACUCUUCUAAGCCUAUAAAUCUCUAGAAUUCUGUGAAUUUCAACAUUUGUUGAAGUAGCUCUUCAGAUGUAUUUACAGGUGUUGUAAAUAUGUAAAUAAAUUUUUAAUUUAGUAAUCUUCCAAAAUACAAAGCACUCCCAGUUAGAUAUCAGUGAAUUUGAGAUAUUGAUAAAAUGUUGAAAGUUUUAAAUGUUUGAUUUUAUAUAACAAGCUUAUUAAAUAUAUUUUUGUGGAAACUAAAGGUGUUGUGUGAAUCCAUACAUACAUACAUAGCACUAUAAAUAUUUGAUUUUCUAUUCAGAAGGCCAUGGGCAGAGAAAGCAGUUAAUGAAAGGGUUAUUGAAAACUGUAAUAAGUGAGUGGAAUUUUGUAAGAGGGAAAAAUUAUUUUGUAUGGCGUGUGAUUAAACUUUUCUAAUAUAUAAGGUGACAUACUUAAUGAACUUUCAAACAUUCUUCUAUGGUAAUCAUUCUUUCCUGUUACCUCUUUAUGGUACCAUUAAAUUAAUUUAACUAAAGCUUAGCCGUUUCUAAGAAAGUUAGAAAUUACUCUGCUUUAGACUUCCCAGAUAAAUUUGCUUUCCUUUUUUCAUUAUCAUACUUCUUUAAAAUGUGCAUUAUUUUUUAUACCAUGUUUUUCCUCCAAAAUACUUAAAUGAAAUUAAAAUUAUAAUAUGAAAUUAUUGGUUUAAGAGAACUGGAAGUUACUUUAAGGGGUUAGCAUGUUUCUUAAAAUGGAAAGCUAAAUUUAUAAUGGUAUUAAAAUUAAUUGCAUUUUGAAUUUAAAAAAGUUAAGCCAUCAUCAUUCUAUGUCAGCACCUCCCAAAUAUUUCAAAUCCAGUAAGCAUUUGUUUUUAAUCAGGAACCAGAAUAACUUUUAAUAAUAGUUCACAUGUUAAAAGAAUAAACCUAUGAAGAAUACAUUUCUUUGUGUACCAAAUGAAAAAAUAUACAAUGCAGUGAAACACAAAUACAAAGUAUUUUUAUGCAUUUUAAUCAAGUUUAUAUUCUAUAUUGUUAUAAUAUAAAAGAAGCAAUAUAUAGUUUUGGAUAAAGCAACUGAAAAGCUCUCUGAACUGUAUUUAAAAAUAAGUAAGAGCUUAUGGUGUAUGUAAGGUGAUAUAGAGUGAAUCAAGACUGUUGAAUUAUGAUGCUAUAUUUAAAUAAAUAGCUAUAGGAAAUAAUUUAAAAAUUCUUCUAUAGAAAUAAAAUGAGCAUAUCCAAAUGUAGAGUAUCACUAUACAGUUUAAUUGUAACCCAAUAGCAGAAUUUAGUAAAUUCAAGCAGAACACAUGUACUGUCAUCAUAAAUAGAUAAAUAUUUUAAACUAUAAUAGCAUAAAGAUAAAAAUCAUAACCUGUACAUGUUAACAAAUAAUAUAACCAUGCAUACAUACAUUUGCUUAUUAAGCACUGAAAUAAAAGAACUAAACCAUUUUGCAGUCUUCAGAGGUGCUUGGUAUUUUACUCUGUUUUGAUGGAAGCACUUUGAAUGUUUGCAUGGAGACAUAAAACUGAAUAUUUAGCUGACAAUUGGUCAUGCACCUGUGUUUUAAAAUUUGGGUUAAGUUUUCUUCUUUUCUGAUUGUUCAGUAGUUUCUGACUUUGGUGCAGGAAAAGCUUGAUGAUACAGAUGUCUGUGGGUGGCUGCUGCACUGUAAAGUUUGUACAAAGCCUAGAAACAAGAACGGAGAUUAUGAAACCUUUCGUGAAACACACAAAUUUUUCUUUUUUAGUGCAGUUUAUGAGACUGUGUAAA